AGCUCGCUGAAGGCAAAGAAAAGACCUGCGUCACAGCGAAUUGCGCACAACUCUGGCAGAGCCGUUGAUAAGGACUCGGCUGGACUUGCCCUGACAAGAUAAAUACGACCUUUAGAAUGUGUUUCCUGUGGCCUAACAAACUCAAGCACAAACCAGCGAAACAGAGACCGACUUCGAUGUGUGUCCAUGGAGAUUAUCAAUUUUCUGUUUAAAGGGGGCUCUUCACCUCAACAGUAAGGAUGGACGAGUCUGACUCUAAGAGGAUACCACCCUCUCCUGCCCCCACCUGUGUGUCUAUGAAGAGUGAUACGUCCAAGGAUCAGAUUAUCUUUUUUGAAGGUGGAGGCAGCUCUUCACCUCAACAGAUGGAGGAGUCUGUCUCUAAGAGAAAACCACCCUCUCCUGCACUCUCCUGUGAGUCUAUGAAGAGUGAUAUGUCCAAGGAUCAGAUUAUCUUUUUUGAAGGAGAAGGCAGGUCUACACCUCAACAGAUGGAGGAGUCUGUCUCUAAGAGAAAAGCACCCUCUCCUGCACCCACCUGUGAGUCUAUGAAGAGUGAUAUGUCCAAGGAUCAGAUUAUCUUUUUUGAAGGAGAAGGCAGGUCUACACUUCAACAGAUGGAGGAGUCUGUCUCUAAGAGAAAACCACCCUCUCCUGCACUCUCCUGUGAGUCUAUGAAGAGUGAUAUGUCCAAGGAUCAGAUUAUCUUUUUUGAAGGAGAAGGCAGGUCUACACCUCAACAGAUGGAGGAGUCUGUCUCUGAGAGAAAACCACCCUCUCCUGCACCCACUGGAGUGUCUAUGAAGAGUGAUAUGUCCAAGGAUCAGAUUAUCUUUUUUGAAGGAGGAGGCAGGUCUUCACCUCAACCUUCUGGUUUGCAAAAGAGAUCCUACUCGGCUGUAGUGAAGAAGCAGCAAGCAGUACAUAGCCAGCCUGAUGGCCUCCAGAGUCCUGAUUUUAAAAAGAGAUCCUACUCGGCUGUAGUGAAGAAGCAGCAAGGAGGACAUAGCCAGCCUGAUGGCCUCCAGAGUCCUGAUUUUCAAAAGAGAUCCUACUCGGCUGUAGUGAAGAAGCAGCAAGGAGGAACUGAGCUGAGCAGCCUUGUAGUUACAGCUGAGCGGUGGACGCUGGAGGAAAUGCAACAGAUACACAAAGCUCAACUACAGAGGAAGUUUCAGUGUUUGGUUGAGGGAAGCCUAGACCAGGGGAACUGCACUUCAUUCAAUGAGGUCUACACAGAUCUUUACAUUAUCGAAGGGGGAAGAGUUGUGCUGAAUGAGGAACAUGAGGUCAGACAGAUAGAGAGAGCAUCCUGGAGGAAAGUAGACAAACCAAUAAAAUUCAAUGACAUCUUUAAACUUGGAUCUGGACAAGAUACACCCAUAAGAUCAGUGCUCACUAAUGGGGUGGCUGGCAUAGGCAAAACAGUAUCUGUGCAGAAGUUGAUUUUGGACUGGGCUGAAGGAAAGAACAAUCAGCAUGUCAACUUCAUAUUUCCUCUUCCUUUCCGAGAAUUGAACCUGAUGAAAGAGAGGAAAUUCAGUCUGGUGGGUCUUAUCCAGCACUUUUUCCCCAAGAUAAAAGCAGAAGAAAUUUUCACCAAUUCAGAGCACAGACUGAUGUUCAUCUGUGAUGGUCUGGAUGAGUGCAGACUUCCUCUACAGUUCAACCAAAGCUCAACAUGCUGUGAUGUGACAGAACAGGUCUCAGUCGAUGUGUUGCUGACAAACCUCAUCCAGGGGAAUCUGCUUCCCUCUGCUCUCCUUUGGAUCACCACCCGACCAGCAGCAGCCAGUCAGAUCCCUCAGAAGUAUGUCAGCCAGGUAACAGAAAUAAGGGGAUUCAACAAUCCACAGAAAGAGGAGUACUUUGGGAAGAGAAUCAGUGAUGAGAAUCUGGCCAGCAGAAUCAUCAGACACCUGAAGUCAUCCAGGAGCCUCUACAUAAUGUGCCACAUUCCAGUUUUCAGCUGUAUUGCAGCCACUGUUGUAGAGAGAACAUCAGAGGAAUCAGAAAAAGCAGAUAGGCCUAUGCCAAGGACUCUGACGCAAAUGUACAUUCAAUUCCUGAUCAUUCAGACAAGCAUGAAAAAGUACAAAUACUCACACAGAGAAGACACUGAAGAGGAAAUCAUUGUCAAACUGGGGAAGCUGGCAUUUCAGCAGUUGGGGAAGGGCAACCUGAUCUUCUAUGAAGAGGACCUGCAAGAGGCUGGUAUUGAUGUGACAGAAGCAUCAGUUUACUCAGGAUUGUGCACUCAGAUCUUCAGAGAGGAGAGGGAUGUUUAUCAGGGGAGGGUGUUCAGCUUUGUGCAUCUAACCAUCCAGGAGUUCCUGGCAGCAUUAUAUGUCUUCCUCUGUUUCAGCAACAGAGAGGGAAACCAACAGGAAAAGUUUCAGCUUUCUACUCUGUUAAGUGCUUCAACACUUCAUGACCUGCACAAGACCGCCGUGGAUCUGGCCCUACAGAGUAAGAAUGGACACCUGGACCUUUUCCUUCGCUUCCUUCUGGGUCUCUCUUUGGAAUCCAACCAGAACCUGCUAAAACACCUACUGCCACAGACCAGUCACCAAUCACAGAGCUCAGAUGGAGCACAUUGA